UGCAUCGGGCUCCCGAACCAGGUCCUUACCAGCUGGUGCGCCCGGGCUGGGACAGUGAAAACAUUUAGCAUCAUUGGCGACAAAUACAUGUACAAGGGACCCCAAUAGGCAGGCUGGUGUGUUCAGGAGGGCAGGACUCAAAUUGUGAAGCCCGGCCCAGUAGCGCACAUGCACGCGGGUGGCUGGCCACAUGUGCGCGUACCUUAAGGAGAGACUUUAGUUUUGUUUUUUGUUUUGGUUCUGGGGUGGAUUUUCUGGUGAAUAUUUUUCCCUCCUAUUUAAUUUUGGUUUUUGCAUUUUUAAACAAUUCGAAUAUAAAAAGUGUAACAAGUCAAAGCUUUGGAAGGACUGAGGCGUGCGGCGGACAGCAGAUGGAUCCUGGGGCCAGCAGCUGUAUGAGGAACCCCCACCCCCCAGCCCCUGUCUGGGGCUGCCUCCGAAACCCCCACUCUGAAGGCAAUGGGACCUCAGGGCUACCCCACUACCCGCCUACCCCAUUCUCCUUCCACCAGAAACCAGACUUCCAGGCAACGGCGACAGCAGCGUACCCCGACUUCUCAGCCUCCUGCCUUGCAGCCACCCCACACAGCCUGCCCCGGGAGGAGCGCAUCUUCACUGAGCAGCACCCCGCCUUCCCGCAGCCCCCUGAUUGGCACCUUCCUGUCUCAGAAGCCCGGCGAAGGCUCAACACAGGCCCAGCUGGGAGCUCCAGGGAGAUGGGGGCCCACAGCCCAGGCCUAGUGGAUGCCAUGGGAGGCCCAGGUGAGGACUAUGGGGUCCUUGAGAGCACUGCAAGUGAGACGGAGAAGAAAUCAUCCAGACGGAAAAAGGAGAGUGCAGCCAACCGUCCAGGUUUCCCAACCUCGCUCUCUGGGCCUAGCUCUCCGACCCUCGGACAGGGGCGUGCCCCGGGAAGGCAGACCAUCCGUUUCGUGACGACAGUCCAUCCGCUGCGUGACUACCAUCUCCGGCCGGCCACCAGGAGGGGGCGCGGCGCUGGAGGCGGCCAAGACAACCAGGAGGCCAGAGGGAGGCCAGAAGCUGGCAGCAAGGCCCGCAAGGAGAGGACAGCCUUCACCAAGGAGCAGCUACGGGAGCUCGAGGCCGAGUUCGCCCACCAUAACUACCUGACCCGGCUCCGCAGAUACGAGAUCGCAGUAAACCUGGACCUCUCUGAGCGGCAGGUCAAAGUGUGGUUCCAGAACCGAAGGAUGAAGUGGAAACGUGUGAAGGGGGGUCAGCCUAUCUCCCCCCAUGGGCAGGACCCUGAGGAUGGAGACUCUGCAGCCUCUCCAAGUUCAGAGUGAGAUUCUCCGUGGAGGGAAGACAAAGACUAAAGACCGAAUUCCCUGCACAACGGCCCCCACGCCAAUCCCACCUUCCCCUUCUCCCUGCACAGCCCAGGGCAGCCUCCACAUUUUGCAUUGACUCGUGGACAUGAAGUGUGCCUGGGAGCCUGGAAGCUUCCAAGAAAGUCCCGUCCAGCAUUGUUCUCUUAGCAGCCCCUCCCAGGGCCUUUGCUGCCUACACUCAUAUGGAACCCUAUAGCGAUCCCAUCAGAUCCGCCAAAACGGAAAACAGCUCCAGGGCCACUGCUUCCCAGGGUCUGCUGGCUGCCACCCAUACCUCCUCCUACCACCUUCCUCCUGCACCAGCCAGGCCUCCUCCAGGUCUGGACGCCACCUGGCCUGCUGGGAGAGGAGUCUUGGAAUCAGCUGGUGACUCGUGAAAGCCGAUGUUCCCAAAGGAAGGAAAUAGCUGAGACAUUCGCCCUGGCCCGCUUUCCUCUCUGGGCUCUGCAGCUGAGGCUUUGGGGGACCUUCAUUGUCCCAAACCCAGGGAAAAACAGCAUGUGGAGUGUUAAGGACAGCAACUCAGCCGCUGCUGGUCAGAAACCUAUCUCUGUCUCCAAAUGGCUGUUACGUAGGCAAAAUGUCUGAGCGCGGACUGGGAAAGCAUCAUCAGAAAACUAGCCUGGGGGUGAUCCCUGUGUCCCUACACAGGCCAUCUGCUCUGGCCUGACUGAGCAUGAUUCCAGAGAGCACUGCUCCUUCAGAGUUGAUUCAGGGAUACAGCUGGGACUGUGGAGCCGCGUCCCGGGGCAGGGGAGGGGCUGUUUGAAACUCAUCAUUUCUGCACGGAGAACCUCUGCAGGGGCUCACAUUGUGGAGUUGAGUGUGGGAAACGGCCCCAGCAUUCUGGGAAGGGUCGAUAAUAUGAGAACCGCCACCUGCCAAGUGAGGACUUAAGAGAGGCAGGACCCUGGAGUGGGAGGUUCUCCAGCUCUGCAGUGUUCUGUGCUCUCCAAGGACUCGGACAAAUGGGGACUAGAAAACAGUCCCUUUUCCUCCAUGGGAUGCAUUUUAGCCCCUCCUCUGUGUUCCGCACAUGCUGUUUCUGUGGGAGGAACUGCUCGGUUUGUGUGUGUGGACAGCUCAGACCUCGGCCCAGCAGCCUGGAACUGGCGUCACUGAGGGCUUGGACAGAGACCCGCCUACUUGCCUCAGUGAUCUGUAUCCCAGGACCAGCUGGUGUUUCAAAGGGAGGUCAGCAAGAGUUUGGAUCUCUUGCAUGUAGAUUUAAUCAUUCACGUGUCAAAAUAACCCCACCUCCCCAUCCCGAAAAGGACAAAAGCUGUGGAAAAUGAUUGUCAAAUGCGAUGGCUGCUUAGAGCACGUGUAACUUUUUCGAAAGCCUACUUCAUAUAUUUUCUUAAGAUUACAUCAGGCUCACUGUGCAAGGUCAAUUCACUUUGUAAGCAAACUCUUGGAGAAA